UCCCCCCGCCAUGUCGGACGCCUCCCGUGUCGCCGUGUACUACCAGACCCAGUAUGACGCGGGAAACUACGUGUCGCCCCUGCCGCUCAUCGGGUUCAUCACCCAUCUCUAUCUCGCGGCGUACCACCUUAACUUCAACAAGGUUGGCAACUCAGUGACGCUCAACGACCACCCGCCGUCCGAUGCGUACUACGACCAGAUGUGGCCAGAAAUUACCGAGCUGCAGGAGAACGGUGUCAAGGUCAUCGGUAUGCUGGGUGGCGCGGCGCCGGGCACCUACACCUGCCUCUCGGAGGAGAACUGGGACACCUACUACCCGGACCUGUACCAGACGAUCCUCGACUACGACUUAGACGGCAUGGACCUGGACGUCGAGCAAUCCACUGAUAUCGAGGUUGUCACGAGGCUCAUCACCCAGCUCAAGGCGGAUUUCGGUCAGGACUUCCUCAUCACGCUGGCGCCCGUGGCAUCCGCCCUCGAAGAGAGCGGCAAUCUCUCCGGCUUCAACUACGUGGACCUCGAGCAUCGCGUCGGCGGCAACAUCUCCUGGUACAACGCGCAGUUCUACUCCGGCUUUGGGUCCAUCUUCCCCGACGACCAGUACGUUAGCAUCGUCGAACACGCCGAUGGUGUCUUCCAGCCAGAGAAGGUCGUCGCGAGCACGCUAACGAACCCGAGCCUCGGUGGUGGCUACGUCAACACGGACAGCGUGGUGCAGAGCAUCCGGGAUCUCACCGCGGUGUACGGCAGGUCGUUCGGAGGCGUCGCCGGCUGGGAGUACUUCGCUUCGAUCCCCGAGGCGGGCAGCCCUUGGAAGUGGGCGCAACUGAUUCACGACACGAUCAACGGCGCGGCCGCGAAGCUCAUGGGCACAGAGUCAUCGCAGUCGGCGAAGGACGCUGCAUACGAAAGGAUCAUGGCCCGCAAGGCCGCACGCGAAGCCGCUCAGGCCGAGACGGACGUAGAUCUGCUCUCUGGCUAUCGCCUAGAGACUACAGGAAACUGAGUGGUGGAUAUGUAGUAUUAUACGUAGAAUAAUCCGGGUAAUCAUUGGGGAUAUUUAUUUGCGAAAUAGUUUGGACGGCGCGUGAAAGCGGGCGUCGCGAAGAUGCAGCGUUGGUCAAGAAGAUUUUGCC